AUGUCCAAACCGGCGUCAGAUAGACUUCUCUUCACUCCUCAUAGACAGACGCACGCCGAUGUGGAAGCUGCAGUAUCCGGCUUACUGCCUAAGACUGUGAUCGAGGAAGUGACAGUGCUCGAGGAAGUGACAGUGCUCGAGGAAGAGACAGUACUCGAAGAAGAGAGCGUUACCGUAGUUGAGGCCAUCGGCGUGGAAGAUGAACUGAUAGUGGUCGUUAACUUAUAA